AUGACGGUGGUAAUCAGAUUUGAAGUGGAGGAGAAUUUCCAUUCAGCUAUGAAGGUGUGGUUCUCUUUAAAUCUGCUCUCCCCUUGGUGGUGCACAGUACUUGAAAGCAGGGAAUCUAAAGCCACAGACCUGCGUGUGUCUGGCCCUCACUGCGUCCUGGGACAGCUCUUGAAAUAUUUGAAGAAGCUCUCCACCUUGCCCAUUACAGUAGACAUUCUUGCGGAGACCGGGGUUGGGAAAACAGUAAAUAGCUUGCGAAAACACGAGCAUGUCGGAGGCUUUGCCAGGGACCUGGUGGCCCAGUGGAAGAAGCUGGUUCCGGUAGAGCGAAACUCUGAGCCUGACGAACAGGACUUUGACAAGAGCAAUUCCCGAAAGCGCCCCCGGGAUGCCGUUAAGGAGGAGGAGGUGGAGGGGGACUACCAGGAAAACUGGAAAGCUUCCAGCAGCCAAUCCUACAGUCCUGACCACAGGCAGAAAAAACACAGAAAACUGCCGGAACCCGAGAGAACUCACCAAGUGUCUCACAUUCAAGAGAGGAGAGACGAGAGAAAGAGGUGCCAUCGAGUUUCCCCCGUUUACUCGUCGGACCACGAGUCUUCUGAUUACGGCCACGUCCAGUCCCCUCCGUCGUCCGCCAGUCCCCAUCGAAUGUCCGUGGACCAUUACAGAUCUCCAGAGGAAGAUCACGAGCCCUUUGUCCCACAUCAGGAACCUGGGAAAGGCCACAGUAAUGCCUUUCAGGACAGACUGGGGGUCAGUCUGGACCGACACCUGGGGGUCCCCCAGGGGAAAGGGGUUGUGAGUCAGAAUAAGGAGCACAGAUCCUCUUAUAAGGAAAAACGUCCAGUGGAUGCCAGAGGAGAUGGGAAGUCGUCUUUGGGCAGAGAGAAAUCACACAAGUCUGUCUCCAAAGAGGAAAACCGAAGGCCACUCUCUGGGGAUAGCAUGAAGGAGAAGCUGCCCUCUGGUGUCAAGAAAGAGAAGGAGAAAGAGGGCAGCACCAAGAAGAAGCUGGAAGUUGCCUCAGACAACCACCUUAAAAAGCCAAAGCACAAAGACCCAGAGAAAACCAAAUCGGACAGAAACAAGCAGAAUCUAGACAGCUUCGAUGUCAGGAAGGAGGACCCGCUGCCCAAGGUGAAGGAGAGGGUUUCUAACAACCUGAAAACUCCAGAAGGGAAAGGAAGAACCUCUCACUCAGACAGAAAGUCCCUGGGCUCCCUCGCUAAGGUUGAGGAGGCAGAUGUGGAUGACGAGUUUGAGCAGCCCACCAUGUCCUUUGAGUCCUACCUCAGCUACGACCAGCCCCGCAAGAAAAAGAAAAAGAUCGUGAAAGCUUCGACCACGACUCUUGGAGAAAAAGGACUUAAAAAAAAUGAUUCGAAAAGCACUAAUAAAAACUUGGACUCCGUUCAGAAAUUACCGAAGGUAAAUGAAAACAAGUCCGAGAAAUUGCAGGCAGCUGGAGCCGAUUCAGCCAAGCUGAAAAAGGUCCCCGCUGGUGCUUUGCCGGUGUUGCCAGACCUCCCGCUACCCAUGAUCCAGGCCAAUUACCGGCCGUUUUGUACCCUGGAAUUGCUGUCUUCCUUCCCACCAAAGCGAAAAGCACUCUCUUCACCUCAAGAGGAGGAGGAAGCUGGUUUCACCGGACGAAGAAUGAAUUCCAAGAUGCAGGUGUACUCUGGCUCCAAGUGUGCCUAUCUCCCCAAAAUGAUGACCUUGCACCAGCAGUGCAUCCGGGUACUUAAAAACAACAUCGAUUCAAUCUUUGAAGUGGGUGGCGUCCCAUAUUCUGUUCUCGAACCCGUUUUGGAGAGGUGUACGCCUGAUCAACUGUACCGCAUUGAGGAAUACAAUCAUGUAUUAAUUGAAGAAACAGAUCAAUUAUGGAAAGUUCACUGUCACCGAGACUUCAAGGAAGAAAGGCCGGAGGAGUACGAGUCGUGGCGGGAGAUGUACCUGCGGCUCCAGGACGCGCGGGAGCAGCGGCUGCGAGUGCUGACCAAGAACAUCCGGUCCGCGCACGCCAACAAGCCCAAAGGCCGACAGGCAAAGAUGGCCUUUGUCAACUCUGUGGCCAAGCCCCCUCGUGACGUCCGGCGGAGACAGGAGAAGUUUGGAACCGGCGGGGCAGCUGUGCCUGAGAAAAUCAGGAUCAAGCCAGCCCCGUACCCCGCGGGAAACAGCCAUGCGCCCUCUGGCAGCGGUGGCAACAGCUUCAGCGCCAGCCCCGAGCAGCCCACCUACGAUGGUCCGAGCACCAGCAGUGCCCACUUGGCGCCCCUGCUCAGCACCGUUUCCUAUGAUCCUAGGAAACCGACUGUGAAGAAAAUUGCCCCGAUGAUGGCCAAGACGAUUAAAGCUUUCAAGAACAGGUUCUCGCGACGGUAAACUGAGGACUCGCCUUGGAGACAAUUUGGGAGAGGAGGACAAGACAGUGUGGGUUGGGGAAUGGAGCUUCCGGAGGAGACCAGACUCCUCUGCUUUGAGGAACCUUUUGGCUCCGGACCCCGCGCGGUCUGCAGGUGUGGCCCUGUGACCCUGUGCCCCGCGGCCACUGCCUCCCCGCCCGGAGAACCCUUCAGAAUUCUGAAGAUGUGAAGCCUCAGGCUUGCUGAGGGUUUUAAGGUCAAUUAUACUUUUGUUGUUAAUUAGCAUCUUUGUAAACCUAAGACAUAGUUUUAAUUAAUAAAUAUUGCCCCCAGAUUGUAUUUAUAUUA